AAAGUGGCUGCGUAUUUAGCUUGGAGCAUGCUUGGAGUAGUCGCGUACUUCAUGCGUGCGCUCGAGACUUUCCUUGUUUACUUAACUCCUCAUUCGCCGGUCGAAUGACCCUGAAUAUUUAAUCGAGCUGGCGUUUCCUAUUAGAUUAUCUUUCCCCUUCCUCUAUCGGGGGCUGGUCGUAGUAGGCGAUUUCUGGAAAACCGCCGCCAGUCGCACCGACGAAGGAGACAUGAACGCUGCUCAGCUCAUCGGACAGUUCGUGGUCAAAGAAGCCGCUAGCGGCAAGGAUGUGGUGCUGGAAAGCCUGUGGCGGGAUCAGCGGUGUGUGGUUAUGUUCUUCCGCCGCUUCGCCUGUCCGUAUUGCCGCAUGGACGCGGUGCACCUGAGCAAGCUCAAGCCCCAGCUGGACCAGGCCAACGUAAGGCUCGUUGGCAUUGGUCAUGAGAAAGCUGGCCUCGAGGACUUCCAGAAGCAAGAAUUCUUCAAAGGAGAGCUGUACAUAGAUGUGGAGAAGAAUGCUUACAAGGCACUGCAGUUCAAAAGGUUCAACUACUUCAACAUCUUCCCGGCCAUCCUGACCUCCACCGCCCGAGCUAAAGCGGCCGAGGCCAAGGAAGCCAACGUGGGUGGCGACUUGACAACCGGCGACGGACUGCAGACAGGGGGCACGCUCAUCGUCGAGAAAGGAGGCAGCAGCGUCCUGCUCAACUUCAAGCAGGAAUCUCCGGAGGACUACGUUGGCAACAGCACCAUUCUCGAAGCGCUGGGCAUCACUGCAUAGAUCAGCUCUUUUGUUUUCUUCCUUAAUUGAAAUAAACCAGCUCUUUUUCUCACAAA